AGUUUAUAUGGGCUAUUGAUGGGAGGUCACGUCAUACAAAAUUAUUAUCUUUGUUGCUAUAUAAAAAAUUGUGAGAAUACUGUGAAUUCUGUCGAUUUGACGUGUACAACGAGGAAUUCAAGUGAUAUUCUAACGUUAAAACAUUAUAAGAACAAUAGACUAAUUUUCAAUAAAAAAAAGAGAAGUUUUUAUUUUCUGUAUUAAACGUGUACGUGCGCCGCCGUCGGCGAAAAACGCUUCCUCGAUAGAAUAUAUACUUUUGUGCAUUGGGUGUUUUGUGAAUAUAUAGUUGGGAAUUGGCGGUGUUUCGACGUACGGCUCUGACGGACCGUACGACAGGUUAUGUCAACUGGAUUAUCAGGUGCUGUCUCAGAUCAGCGGAUGAAAGGACAAACUAACAGUCAGGUAAGUAAUGGUCCCAAGGAGCAUCGUCAGCAGCAGCAGCAACAACAACAGCAACAACAAGGAGAACAUGGGGGCGCAGAAGAUACUGGAUUUGAUUCAUGGCGAGGUGGUAACAAUACACAACAUCACUCGAGCUAUCCAAUUGGCACAGGCGAUCCCUACACGUCAUAUUAUGCAGGAACAUCGUUUCCCUAUCAAACAUUUGGCGCCGGCGAUGGGACAUGGUCAAAUGGCACUGAUCCAGUUGCAUUUCUCUCUGGCUAUGGAGGUCAAAUAAGUCACGAUGCCUAUGGAAUGGAUGGAAUGUUUUCAGCCAAUGCUGGCGGUGGUUUUGGAACAUUCGGUCAGCCGACAUUUAAUUAUUUUCACGGCAAUGGCGAUUUUAAUGCAUGGGGUACACCGAGAAAGGCGCGCUACGAAGACUAUUAUCAACAGCAGUCGCGCGCUAGUGAAAAUCAGUAUCAAACUACGAGCGGAGGUGAGAUGAAAGGAAUCGAACAAAGUGUUCAGGGUUUAACAAUAAAUGAAAUUCCACAACGUCAAGAACAACAACAACAGCAGCAGCAGCAGCAGUCAAUUGUUGCGAAUCAACAAAAAUCAGAGCCCAAGGAACCGAGAAAAAUUACAUGGGCAAGUGUCGCGAGUCAACCAGCCAAGCCAGUGCCACCACUGUCGUCAACGCAGGGAAUGAAGAAAAAGGCCGGAAUGCCACCACCGCCAAUUGUACCCGGUAAACAUAAUAUGGACAUUGGCACAUGGGGUGAGGGGAAAUCUUCCAUGCCACCACCAAAGGCACCACCUCCACCGCAAGUGCAACCUCCACUGCCAUCGCCACAGCCACCUGUUCAAAGACAAAGACCCCAUCAUCCCACUGCCCAACCUGUUUGGAAUCGACAGCCCACGAGUCCUCCACCGCCGCAAAAUCAAAUGGCACCGCAACUACAGCAUCAUCAGCCACCUCCUCUUCCUCCUGCUGUACCUCCUCAACAACAUUCUCAUCAUCAACCUCAACAACAACAACAGCAGCAACAACAACAACAACAACAACAACAGCAGCAGCAACAACCGCAAAUCAAUCAAAUCGCAAAUCCCGUUCUCGAUGAACUAAAAGUAAAAAAUGAAUACAAUCCAAUAGAACUCGAGGAAAUAGCUCCAGGUUCAAGAUUUUUUGUUAUUAAAUCAUAUUCCGAGGACGAUAUUCACAGAUCGAUAAAAUAUGAAAUUUGGUGUAGUACCGAGCAUGGUAAUAAACGAUUGGAUCAAGCAUUCAGAGAAGCAAAUCGCGAGGGUGCACCACUUUAUUUAUUCUUUUCGGUUAAUGGUUCGGGUCAUUUUUGUGGUAUGGCACAAAUGGUCUCGUCAGUUGAUUAUCAAAGUAAUAGUUCAGUAUGGUCGCAGGACAAAUGGAAGGGACAAUUUCGUGUGCGUUGGAUUUAUGUGAAAGACGUACCAAAUGGACAAUUGCGUCAUAUUAGGCUAGAGAAUAAUGAAAAUAAACAAGUGACUAAUUCAAGGGACGCACAAGAGGUACCACAUGCAAAGGGCGUUCAUGUUUUACGUAUUUUGCAUACCUAUCGUCAUUCAACUAGCAUUUUUGAUGAUUUUGGUCAUUAUGAACGUAGACAAGCUGAAGAGGAUCAACGUAAAGUGCCAGUUAAUGCGAUAUCAUCAUCGUCAUCAUCGUCGGCAUCACAACAACAACAACAACAACAACAACAGCAUCAUCAUCAUCAUCAUCCAUCGGCGAAUCAUCGAAAUCGUGGUGGACAUUCAAAUGAUAUGUCACGUGAACAUCAUCAAUAUCAUCAGCAUGGACAUUCACAUCAUCAACAGCAGCAACAACAUCAGCAGCAACAGCAUCAUCAUCAUCAACAUCAUCCACGCGAUCAAAGAGAUCAACGUGAUCAACGCGAUCAUAAUCCUCAUUCACGUGAACAUCGAGAUCAACGGGAUCAUCUCCAUUCACGUGAUCAACGUGAUCAUCGCGAUCAACGUGAUCAUCCACAUCCUCGUGAUCAGCGAGAUCAUCGUGAUAUGCGCGAUCAACGUGAUCAUCGGAAAGAACGUGACAAUCGUGGCAGAGGCAGAGGUGGUCCUCGUCAGUAGCAACAGAUUCCAUCAAAAUUUAAAAUUGUGGCUAAUAAUAAAUGGCAACGAGGAAAAAUGCUACGACUAAUUAUCAAUUUAUUACUUAUUCCUUCGCUUAACUCCCGGAAUGACGAGAGGUUUCAAUUCGUUGUGAUUGGACCGAAGACGUCCACGCUACUCCAUUUAAUUAAACGAUUAAUCCGUACGAUAAUUAGCGUUGCAAAAAACUUGGUAAAUAUUAUCUAUAAUCAUAAUUAUUACGAACAACAACAAAAUCAACAUCAUCAUCAACAACAACAACAAGAAUUUGACUUGAAUUACACAAGGGCUAACGGGAAACGUGAGAGACUCAGUACGGGGCGCAAAGUGUGGUGUUUAACGUGCUACUAUGUGUUUAACAAACGUUCAAAUUAAAAAAAAAAAAAAAAAAAAAAAAAAAAGAAAUAAAGAAGAAA